CCCUUGGCCUUUACCCUUGUUGGGGCGGGACUUCCUGUCUCGUGCGUCCAAGGGCUUCUACAGUGACGACCGGCACUGAGGGCAAGUGUGCCUAAGCGGUGUGGCCUCGAACACUACGGCCUAGUGUACGGGAAACCGGCCACUCAUUCUUGUAGUUAUCCUCUCUCCUCCCACGGCGCCUCCAGGGGGCUUUGGGGCCCUGAGCGCCCAAGUGUGUGUCUGCCAGCAGGUUGGGAGAGGCCAUGGAGGCGCGGCCGCCGGCGCCACAGACCUUCAUCUACAGGGCGCUGGGUCCUUUCCCUCGGGUCUUUGCUGCUGAAGCCGUGGCUGCCGAUUCCAAGGCUGUUGUGGAGGACCAGAAGCUGCCUUCCUAUGUCCAAGAGCCCCAUACCCCGGAAUCUGGAUGGGACCGCCUCCGCGAGCUGUUUGUCAAAGAUGAACAGCAGAGAACUUCAAAAGAACUUCAGGAUAUUUAUAGGGCAGCAAUUUCAGCAGGUGUCAUUGGCUGGGCAUAUGGGGGGAUACCAGCUUUUAUUCAUGCUAAACAGCGCUACGUUGAGCAGAGCCAAGCAGAAAUUUACCACAACCAGCUUGAUGCUGUGCAAUCUGCACAUCGUGCUGCCACGCGAGGCUUCAUCCGGUAUGGCUGGCGCUGGAGUUGGAGGACUACCGUGUUUGUGACUAUAUUCAAUACAGUGAACACGGGUCUAAAUGUGUACCGAAAUAAAAAUGCUCUAAGCCAUUAUGUUAUUGCAGGAGCUGUCACAGGAAGUCUUUUUAGAAUAAACUUAGGCCUGCAUGGCCUGGUAGCUGGUGGUGUAAUUGGAGCCUUGUUAGGCACUCCUAUAGGAAGCCUGUUGAUGGCACUUCAGAAGUACUGUGGUGAGACAGUUCAGGAGAGAAGACAGAAGGAUCGAAAAGCACUCCAGGAGCUGAAACUGGAAGAGCGGAAAGCCAGAAUACAAUUUACUGAGCUCCUCCCUGAAGAAAUUGAAAGUAGUUUACAGAAAAAUCAACCCAAGGAUGAUGCUAAGAAAAUUGAAGCACUGCUAAAUCUUCCUCGAAACCCUUCUUCGACAAAUAAGCAAGACAAGGACUAAAAAUGCUCUGGAGUUAAAACUCAUUGGAGAGUUGAAGGGAGCUAUGUUGCCAUGUCCUUUGAAUACCAGCUGGUCGGGCUGCUGACAGAUGUAAGCACUGGCAUCUGGAGUGGCAAUGCCGUGCUUUUACCUUUUUCUUUUUAACCAAGAGUUGGACUAUUAUACUCUUGCUUUACUCUUCCUUAACUUUAAAUACAUAUUUAUAUCUAUAUA